AUGCAAUCACCGUUUAAAAGGCAACCAAAAAGCAUAAAAUAAAUUAUCAAGGACUUAAUUCUUAAAGAAAUAGAAUAGGAAAGUAAGAAAAAAAUAAAUAUAAUUGUCAUCCCCACUAGAAUUGGUUAAUCAUGUUGGGGAACUCGAAACUUAAGAAGAAUAUCGCCUUCAAAUCAUUACAAAAUCGAUUAAGGUGCAAUAUUUUCUCCUAUAAACUGUAGUCAAAUAUCACCAGUGAAUUAAAGUUAAGGAUCUCCUUCAAACUAUAGAAUUAAAAAUAGGUCAAAGUAUGAAAAAUUAUUAAAAAUGAACAAUUAAUAAUAACCUAACUAAGUUAACAAAAAGGAAUUAAAAUUUAAAACUGAGCCUCGUUAAAAAUCUUAAUCUGUCAAUACUACGAAACCUUUUCAUUAAAGAUUACCAUCUUUGCCUCGAAGGAUAAAUUAUUUUGCUGAAGAGACCAAAAGUUUAUAACUUAAAUUAACUGACACAAUAGAAGGAUAUCAGGUAAAAUAAGAUGAUAUGUCUUUUGAAAUUGAUGAAUAUGUUUAAAUGAAAUAUAUUAAAUAAAUUAAACAUUAAGAAAUUUGA